GAAAUACCAUCUGUUUAUCUUUCAUUGAUCUCAGAAAGUCUUCCAAAUUGAUAUUGUACAUCAUGGCGGAUCCUGUUGGCUUUACAGCAAGCGUCAUUGGUAUUGCGACACUUGCGGUGCAACUUGGGGAUGCCCUGAGAAAAGCAGCUGAAUUUUGGGAAGCUGUUCAGGAUGCUCCUUCAGACAUUCGCCGCUUAUCUAAAGAGCUUCGACUUGUGGCUAGCGUCUUUCAUACAAUUCGAGUUGAAUAUGAAGCUGGUAGCACACCUAUAAAUUUCGAAAGCAUGGUCAAGGGCGCUCUUGAAUUAGCAAAAGACGAUAUUGAUCAACUCUCAGAGUUUAUCUCAAAGUUGUCGCGAAAUCUAUCCGUUGCCAAUGGGAGUCUCGGUAGGCAAUGGAAAAAGGUUCAAAUGGCCUUGAAAGCAAGCAAGAUAGAAAGGUUCAGGGAUAAUCUUGAGAGCGUGAAGACCACUAUGGCCUUACUACAGGGGAGCAGGCAACAGGUUUCUAUGAUCCAAGUCAAUAGCAAGCUCGAUGUUCUAACCGCGAAUAUCAGUUCUAUCGCUACAACAAACUCAUCCCACCAAAUUGCUCUUCAGACUUGAAAAGAAAUGACACAGAGCAACUUUGUGCCUUCCAGUAGUUGGAGAGGUUCUCGCGGUAGUGUUUCUAAAUCGGUUAAUCAACACAAAACGAAUUUCUUACUGGGUACUUUCAAUUUUCGAACCACUUCUACCACAUACUGGUAUAACGACGACGAUGGCAAAGAUGGUGCCAACAAUUCGACAACUACCAAGACUUUCCUGAUCGAGUUUCUAAUGGGAUUUACGACAUGUCGCAAAGGUUUGCGAUUCAUGACGACAAGCACUUUUGAUCGUUAUGCACUUGAUGUUGUUCGGCGCCGACCAAAUGAUUCAGAAAUUUUUAAACUUUGUAGAGAUGGUAGUGUUCAAGCUGUUAGGAGGUUUCUGGAUCGUGGCGAAGCAUCUAUUCAUGAUGUGAAUGAGAUAGGAGGGUCUCUUUUACAUAUAGCUGUCAUCAAUGACAACGAACAGCUUUGCGCAAUGCUUCUUGAUCUAGGAGCAGACGUAUACUGGGAGGAUGAUCAUGGCCUUUUGCCGAUAAUGCGGGCAUCGACAUCGACUUCUUUUUUUACCAUAGCCGAAGCUGUAUUUGAGUCAUGGCCGCUAUAUUUGUUGGCAGCUUCGAUCUUUCACUCUAGUAGUGAAAGCAUUUCCAUAUGGCGUUAUACUUAUCAACACAAAGCAACCCAUGCAAUCAGAGAAGAUUCUUCUAUGACUUUGCUGGCGGCUUUGGAAUCCACACGCGAUGCCGAAAGUGUCGACUUUUUGGUAGCCUGGGUUGCAGAAGAUGUAUUCGCCCUUAAGAAAAUCUCGUUAACUAGGUCCAUAAUCUUACUAAGUACAAUUGUGGAUGGGCUUCUACACUCAUGGCUCGACUCAUUAUAUACUCAUUGGUUACAUUUUGACAUUGAUCUUGAAGGAUCCUUAUUCGAGUACAAAAUCACUGUAUUUUUGAGAGAAUUGGUCAUUUCUAAUUCCCAAGACAAGUUGCACCCAAGUAAUACCGGUGUUAAAUACAUGCGAGGUGUUGAAUAUAUCAUAAUAGCUUUCGGUUGGAAUAUCGAAAUCACCAAUGCCUUCUUUCGAAAAUGGACAAAACUCUUUACAGCGUCAGGAUUCGAUGUCACUUCAUAUACUUUGGAUGGUGAUGAAAAGAGCGUCGCACCGAUCAGGUUCAAGCGUCAUUUCAUUAAUUGUUGCAGGGACAUAAAUUUUGAGAUUGUUCGGGAAGAUCAGACCGAUAGUCUUUCCCUCAACAUAACUAGUGCUACUCGGCCGGAAUUUUCACAUCUUGACCCCGUGUUCUUAUGUGAAGCUGGUCGGUUACGUCGCGAUCGAACUGGUGUAGGCCGAUGCCUCUCACAAGUCGAUGAAGCCUUCAUCGAAAAUGGAAAGUUCUGUAUGAAUAUGCCUGGACAAUGGGAAGAGCCACUGGCUCCCAACUCGGUAAUAGGACCCCGUCUCAAGUCAUGGUGUUCAAAAUGUCCUGAGGUUUGCUAUAGCAUGAUUCGUGAGCAAGACCUUACUCGGUAUGAACCAAUCACUGAGGAAGACAUCCAACGGAUUGAGGAAGAUUUUCGAAAUGGUACUUUGUAUGGCUUAAGUGAGGAGUUACCUGAAAAAUUCGGGCAAGAGUGAUAUGAGAGAAGUACUGACCUAAAUGUGACAUCUUCCGCCACUGUGCCCUCGAUCAGGAAGAAUCGAAGGUUGGAAUUAUGAUCAAGCUUCCUACCCAGCCAUGUAGAUAUAUCCUCGGGGCUAUGAAUAACAGGUUUCUUUUGCGUUUAUCUCCAGAUCAGAUGUUCAUCUUUAUUCGCGAUGAGGUGCUCAGGCGGUAUUAUUCGGGGCAUUUGUUCUCAUUUGUCGUGGGUUUGAUAGUACCUCGAAGUUUUACAAUAUUCAUAUCUCUUAGUGUUCUAGGAUGUAUUUAGCCAUUAUCAUCAAUGUUUCAUUCCGCUCGACAUAAUCUUCUCUAUCCAAAUAAGAUUAAAUAGCGAUUUUCA